UUACUGUAGACUAGUCCAUCCAUCCGGCCAUAAAUAUUUUGUGGUGCUUAUAUUUCCAAAAAUCUCCCUCAGUAGGUCCCCCUUACGCAUGUAGGAAGAAGAUCAACUUCACAUUAUGGUGCGGUCUUGUAAGGGUAACACACUCAUCUGAUCCCAGCUUCCGGCUAAUUCUUGUCCUUCAGGAUACCAUUAAAAUACUUUAAACAGCAAUUUUGUGACAUGUAUUGUAUUCUGUGCUUCCAUGACUGGAAAGCCACAGUGGGACGGGCUGAUAAACUGCCCAGACUCUGCCUGUGAAGCUCUUUGCUGAGCAUAGCUCCAUGGGCAGCCACUUGAUAGAGAAACAGAGGUAACAGCGCGUCAUAACCCUGCUUCCCGAGAAGGUCCUGGGUAGGCAAGGAGGCUUCACUUGCUCCUCUCACACCGGGCAGCGCAGAGGCGCCACCUCGGACACCCAGCGAACCGUCUGAUCCAAGGACGGCAGAUUGGCUUCUCCAGCUCGCAAGCCUGUGCGUCUCACACGCGUUAUUUACCGUCGAGCAUCAGUAGCAAAGCUCACAUUAUCUUCGGCGUCAGCUGCACGAAAGCGCCUUUUGCCAUGCAGAUAUGGAUAAAGUUGAUGCUGUUGUACAGCUGUUGUUGUUUCGGAGCAAGUGCGGACUUUGGCGGCAGGUGGCCAAGACCGAUGAUCUCCUCAACAGGUCUCUGUCGCUACGGGGCCAGAAUCGACUGCUGCUGGGGCUGGACGCGCCGCUCCUGGGGCCAAUGUCAACCCCUCUGUCGGCAUGGCUGUAAGCAUGGGGAGUGUGUCGGACCAGACCAAUGCAGGUGCCAUGCAGGGUACGCUGGGAAGGCCUGCAACCAAGACUUGAAUGAAUGCGGACUGAAACCUCGGCCCUGCAAACACCGGUGCAUGAACACCGUGGGCAGCUACAAAUGCUACUGUGCGGACAGAUACGUCAUGAUGUCCGACGGCACCUGUCGAAAUGCCCGGAGCUGUGCCAUGGCCAACUGCCAGUACGGCUGUGAGGUGCUGAAGGGGGAGGUGCACUGCCAGUGCCCAUCGCCAGGGUUACGCCUGGGCCCUGAUGGCAGGACCUGCGUGGAUGUGGAUGAGUGCUCAGCGCGGCCUGCUGUCUGCCCCAAGCUGCGCCGCUGCGUCAACACCUUUGGGAGCUUCCUUUGCAAGUGCCAUGUCGGCUUCGAGCUUCACUACGUCAGCGGGAAGCUCCAGUGCAUCGCUACUCCAAAGGUGAUCAUCAUGCCAACGAAAAGAACAUCUGCUACCAUGGCAACAGUGCUACCCGGAGGACAUGUCCUGGUUCCCCUCCAACCCUCCUCAGUCUCGACUCCCCGUCCUACAGCUCCUCCCCACACUCCUACGGGACUCUCCUCAGUGCUCAACCAGCAUCUCCCAGCCCCUAAACCAGAGGCCACCACCUUAGAGAAUGAGAUUCAGGAAGACAAUCCUCAGAAGAUACCUCAGCAGGAAGUGCCUCAGAAAAAGAUCCCUCAGAAUGAGAUCACCCAGAAGGAGAUCCUGCAGGAGGAGAUUGCUGAGGAGAUCCAUCAGAAAGAGAUCCCUCAGAAGGAGGUCACCCAGAAAGAGAUCACUAAGAAGGAGAUCCCUCAGAAGGAGGUCACCCAGAAAGAGAUCCCACAGGGGGAGGUCACUGAGAAGGAGAUCCCUCAGAAAGAGAUCGUUCAGAAGGAGAUCCCUCAGAAGCAGAGGGGCGAUGUGCACAUUCCACGCAAUCAUGGUCAGGACAGCAUCGCAGAUUUUGACGUUGAGCUGGGAAACACUGCAGAGGUUCUGCACGCAGACUCAGAUCCUCUUCAAGAUGCAGGACUCCUAAGCUGCAGCUUUGAUAACGGCCCGUGUGACUGGAUUAGAGACGGGGAAGGAGAGACACGCUGGGAAACAGCGAGAGACCCCGCAGGUGGCACCUUUCUGACCAUCUCAGCGACGGCGUCCAGGCGGGCUGGCCGGGAGGCUCGGCUGCUCCUCCUGCUGGCCACGCCGUGGAAUGCAGGUGACUCCUGCCUCUCCUUCCGGCACAAGCUGAUGGGGCAUCGGGUCGGCGGGCUGCAGCUGUUCACCGGAAUGGGCGAGCAGACGGGCCGGGUCCUGUGGAGCCGUACUGGGGGCCAGGGCUGGAGGAGCACGCAGGUCACACUGUGGGGAGGCGGUUUUGAGAGUGUGACCCUGAAGGGCGAGCGCAGGCGCGGCCAGAGUGGGGAGAUCGCCAUCGACGACAUCAGCCUAAGGACCGGCCCCUGCACUGAGGAUCGCCGUCCGCAGAAGCUUUAACUUCUGUGGGGGGGGGGGGCUCUGGGGAGGCAGUCCGGCUCCACCAGCCCAAAGAGCGGCGCACCGAACAGACACAGGAUGGAAUAAACUAGAACGUUUCACAAAAUCGAGAAGCAGUAAGUGUGUGAAGGUUCAGCGCCCCCUAGUGUGCAUGUGUCCCCAUGCAUGACAGAGAAGCCACACUCCUCAAAGACAGAAAGCACCAUGAAAGAGUGGGAACAGGAACCCCACAGACGUCCGUGGCUGGAGCCCGUGGGACGUGCAGAUGGUGGUGAAGCUCUGUGAUGUCAUCAUCACUGACGUCACACACAUAUGCUGCCUGGUACCAUGACAGACCAUAUUUAGUCCCAAACACACCUGAACUGACGAGUUCCACAACGGGUGGGACCAUCGGAGCAGAUCACAUGACCAAACAGCAUCACAGCUGUGGAUUUAACAUUUAACUGUCAGUUUUGAACUGUCAGUACUGUUGAAAUAAUUUUUUAUCUUUUAGGGACCAUUGUAGAGAUUCUACAAAGCAAUUACAGUACAGGAUCCUCUGUUUUUAUGGAAAUGUCUUCUAAAUGAAACUGCUGUAUGCAGUCGUAUAACUGUAUGUAUAACUGUAUGUAUAACUGUAUGUAUAACUGUACCUGGAGACUGUAGCCGAUCUACAUAAUUAACAUAGUAAAGGACCGGCUUGAACUGUC